GUGGUGAAGCAUUAUUUGGUGAUGAAGCAUUAUUUGAUGGUGAAGUGUUAUUUGGUGGUGAAGCAUUAUUGGGUGGUAAAGCAUUAUUGGGUGGUGAAACGUUAUUGAGUAGUGAAGCGUUAUUGGGUAGUGAAGCAUUAUUAGGUAGUAAAGCGUUAUUGAGUGGUAAAGCAUUAUUGGGUGGUAAAGCGUUAUUGGGUAGUGAA